AUGUCGGACGGCCCCUGGGUGGGCAGCUGGAGGCCCCACCGCCCGCGGGGCCCCAUCGCCGCCCUCUACACCGGCCCCGGGCCCAAGUACGGGCUCCCGACCGGCGUCGGUUUCCGCGAGCACGACCGGUCCCGGGAGCGCGCCCCCGCCUUCAGCUUCGGGCUGCGGGUGCAGGCGCGGCCGCAGGAGCGCUCCCGGGCCCGGUACCCGCUGCCGCCGGGCCCCCGCCUGCUCCAUCUGCAGCGCCCGCGGGAGCCGCUGCCCUUCAACAGCCCCGGCCCAGGUGAGACCCCCCCGGCCCCUCCAUGGGCGCGGCGGGGCAGGGCCCCCCCCGCAGCCCGGUACCGGCCGGAGCGCGCCGGGAGGGUCGCGUUCCCCACGGCCCCCGCCUGCUCCCUGCGCUCCCGCACCCGGCGCGGGGCCGAGCAGCAGACACCGGGCCCUGCUGCCUAUCACCUGCCCAUGCUGGGCCCACGCCUUGUGAGCAAGACCUCAGCCCCCAGCUACUCCGUGUCGGGGAGCAGCACCAGCGGCACCUUCUACUGGGGCUGUGCAAGGUGGGGCAGAGAAUCAGGCACCGGGUGCUGGGUACCAGGGGUCAGGGCACUGGGUGCUGGGUACCUGGGGUCAGGGCUGUGGGCGGUGCUGGUGCUGGGUCAGGGCUGUGGGCGGUGA